AUGGAUCCUAUCACCUUCCAAAAGAUCCAAACCAUCAAGAAAUCCAAGAAGCAUCAACUUGCGGACAGUUUUGUUGUGUAUACAUUCACAGCAGUGAUUACUUGCAGCGUAUUCAUGUGCUGUAACCCUUUUUGGUUUUCCUCUCUGUGCUCUUCUUUUAAGCUGUUUAUCCUUAAUGGCCUCCCAAAAUUUGGAUCAGUCUUACUUGGCACCAAGGUUUUGUUUGUGAUGGGCAACCUCAUCGUGGUUGUUCUCCUUGCAGAAUCCAAAUCGUUUUCUUCAAGUCCUCCUUGUCUGGGUGCAAAUGCAUGCUACGAUGAGUUUGUUGAGAUUACUGAGAGUUGUUUGAAAAGGAGUGAUCAUCAGAUGGGAAUGGAGAAAGUAGUCGUGGAAGAAAUUGUGAAGAUCAGGGAAAUUGAUAAGGGAAUACUGAGAGGUGAAGAAGAUGAUCAGGCGAAUAAUUUAACUACCGAGGAGUUGAACAAGAGGGCUAAUGAUUUGAUUGCAAGAGUCAACAGGCGGAGGAGAGUUGAAGCUAGGCUUUUACUUGGUUGUAAUGGUGAAUACUAG